AUGAGGAGUCUAUCGCUAUUGUCGCUGGCUUUCCUUGGGGUCUGCACCGCACUCACUGUGCCCCACUCGGUGGUGCACCCACGGGAUCUGCAGGUUCAGCAUGGAAGCAUCGAGGGUCGCAUCACCAAUGGAAACCAGGCGGCUGAGGGUCAGGUUCCCUACAUCGUGGGAGUAAGCCUGAACAGCAAUGGAAACUGGUGGUGGUGUGGAGGCUCCAUUAUCGGACACACUUGGGUUCUCACCGCCGCUCACUGUACCGCUGGCGCCGAUGAGGCUUCACUGUACUACGGCGCCAUCAAUUAUAAUGAGCCCGCCUUCCGGCACACAGUCAGCAGUGAGAAGUUCAUCAGGUAUCCUGGUUAUGUUGGACUCGACCAUGAUUUGGCUCUGAUCAGGACACCCCACGUGGACUUCUACAGUCUGGUCAACAAAAUCGAACUGCCCAGUCUGGAUGAUCGCUACAAUUCCUAUGAGAACAGAUGGGUUCAGGCCUCCGGAUGGGGCGCCAUUUACGAUGGCAGCAAUGUGGUGGAGGAGCUCCGGGUGGUGGAUCUGAAGGUGAUCUCCGUGGCGGAGUGCCAGGCCUACUACGGAACCGAAACCGCCUCCGAGAACACCAUCUGCGUGGAGACUCCCGACGGAAAGGCCACCUGCCAGGGCGACUCCGGCGGUCCUCUGGUCACAAAGGAAGGCGACAAGCUGGUCGGGAUCACGUCUUUUGUCUCCGACUACGGCUGCCAGGUUGGCGGUCCCGCUGGCUUCACUCGAGUCACCAAGUACUUGGAAUGGAUCAAGGAGGAGACUGGAAUUUAUUAUUAAAUGCUUUGUAAAGAAAAACCCACAAAAGUUCAGUUAUUACUUUGACAAUUACAUUGGUAGAGUUCGAAAUUAAGCCUUUACUCGCUUUUAUAUG